AAGUCAAUUCAUUCUGGGAUGAUACGAUUUAUAAAAGAGCUGCAGUCAGAUAAAGGGGGUUAGAUUUCAUUUUUACCAUGGAAGGACAUAAAACCGACGAAAGCGACGCAAAGGAGAUAGAAGAUUUUGUAGAAUGCGAUAUUGAUACCAACUACGCUGAUGACGUCAUAGCCUUAGACACAGACAGUGGUGUAGAAGACAUUGUGAGCCCGAGAGAACCUAUCUCAAAUACCUCCAUUCUCAAGUUUUCCAUUUGUAACAUUCUAAGACUUCCAGACAAAGAACGUGAAUCAAACCAGCCAAAGACAUCAGAUUCUUGUUUGCCCAUCAUUUCUUCUACUGAACACAAAGCAAGUGAUCUUGCAAGCAGCAUUAAAAGCAAACGCAACCGAACCACCUUUUCGACGAAACAGCUGCAGGAACUGGAAAAGGUGUUCCGAAAAACUCAUUAUCCGGAUGUAUUUCUCAGAGAAAAACUGGCGUCAAAAAUCAAACUCCCAGAAUCAAGGAUACAGGUGUGGUUUCAAAACAGGCGAGCAAAAUGGCGAAAGAGGGAGAAGUUGGCACUGGGAGCGGGCUUUGUGACCUAUGGAUUGCCUUUCUCUUUGUCCUGGGCAGCCCAUCAUUCAUCCUUAAUGUCUCACAGUGCUUUGAUGACAUCGGUAAUGGAGCUGACAAACCAUCGACAACAGGUGGCGCAAGAGGCGCCAAAAUACAAAGCGUUCGGCGAGCAAUCUGAUCCCCUGAAUAUCAGACACACGAACCCAACCUUUAAACGUAGAACAGAUAUGUUGUCGCCAUUGUCCGCUCAGAGGUGAAAGAAUCAUAUCUCAAUGCAUCACGAAUUGUUAUCAUUUAUUAACCAAUAAAUAUAUUUUAAUUACAUCAGAGGUAUCCCCCCCCCCUCUCUCUCUCUCUCCACCCACAGUGGCUACUGCUGUAUACAUUGUCUGUGGAGUGAAUAUCUGCUGUUUUAAUUUCCUAAUACGGUAUCCAGGUUAACAAUGUUGAUUUAACCCCCAUAAAAAGAAUUCACUCGAGGCAUGUGUGUUGAUACAGCCGACGUGCUCUUUCAAGAUUCUACCGAUUCGGCUCUAAUCAUUGAUUCUUGUUAAUAAGCUAUUCUCUUUUUAUAGUUCUAUAACGGCCACAGUUACUAGAAAUACUUUGGAGGUAACUUUUUAUAGUUUUAAUUAAUUUACUAGUCAUAAAUUCCAAAUUGUUUUUAAAAAUUUUGCAGAUAAACUUACGUCAUUAUUUAACUUUAAAAGACUUAUAUAUAUGAUAUGAAAAUCUUAUACACUUUUAGUCCCAGAACAAUAUUAUUUACGUCAUGAUUGCUCUUUCUUUCAUUGGUAUUGAAUGCAUAAGAAAUUAUCCGUAUUUUGAAUGGAAGAGUACCUUUACAGUUCAAAAAAGGGUUGUGAUUUAUUUGAUUACUUCCAAUAAGAUACAUCUUUAUAUUCACGUGUGUGUGUGUGUCAGAGAGAGAGAGAGAGAGAGAGAGAGAGAGAGAGAGAGAGAGAGAGAAAUGAACAUCGAUAGCAACUUUAAUGAUAGGGAAGGAAAGCUUACAUGCAUAUAUGUAAUUAUCUUUUAUGUACAACUGUUUGUUCAUCAAAUGUAUAAAUAAUAACACUGCAUGCAAAUAUCAUAAUUUAUUUAGUUAAAUUCAUAAUGCGGUUUUAAUGUACAUCUACAUGUAUAUAAUUAUAUCUCCUUCUUUUGUAAUUUAAAUUUAAGUUUGAAUAAAACUGUUGAGA